AUGUCCAACGGGAACGGGCUCGGACCUAUGGUGAUAGGUCAGAGCGGUGGUCCCAUCGAGUUUCCGCUGGCGGCUGCGGCGUUCUCGAAUCCCAACUGCUUUUCGCUGCACUUGGUCUCACAGAAUGCGCACGACGCCGUCACCAGUAGUGCCAACGGUAGUCUUCAGAUCACCGCGGAACAGCCAAAAGUCACUCAAUCCCAACCGGUCAGUUCCAAUUAUGGAUUCAUUCAGUCUGUCGAAGCUGGACUCCGAGGCGCAAACUUCCUAAACGGCAACUUCAACCUUCCGAAUACAAGCAUCAGCAGCAGUAUCAACAGUAGCUUGAAUAACAGAUAUGAAGAUAACAAUUAUCCCUCGGCAGCGUUCAACUCGCUCGCUGAAGCCGCCAACCAGAGCCAAUCCUCCUCGUCUGGACAUCCUCUUGGACUUGGAAGCAACUUCGGACAGGACCAGCCCCGCAGUUUGCCAGACAACCUUCCAGAAACCGUAGCCGGCCUAUGGAAACAGCAGCAGCAGCAACAACAGCAGAACGGACAGAUGGAUAAAGUGAAUAUGUCAAACGAUUCAGAUGACAGCGACUCAGGUUCGAAUUGCGGCAUCAGAUGGCGUCAGGGCGGCUUGGGCCUUGCCAUGCGAAAGUCGUCGGAGGGAAAGGUCAAUAUUGCCGGAACAGCAAAGAUCCCGGACGAAGAACUAAAGAGCAUCUCAGUCCGCGAGUUGAACAGAAAGCUCAAACAGUCCGGCUGCACCAAAGAGCAAAUGAUCAACAUCAAGCAGCGCAGAAGGACACUGAAGAAUCGAGGCUACGCGGCAAACUGCCGGACGAAGAGACAGACACAAACGCAUCAGCUGACGCUUGACUUACAGAGAGCACAGCAGGCUGAACAAAAAUUAUCCAAAGCCUAUGAAGAGUCUGUAAAAGCCAAGGAGGCAUAUGAAAGACAUUUGAGCGCGUUGAAAAAACAGAAUGAUGAAAAGGAUGCCGAAUUAGAAAGUCUAAAGCGAACAGUGAUGGAGCUGCAAUUAGAAAACCAGCGUCUGAAAGGCAUCAAAAUGGAGUCGGAAUGA